UGCUGCGAGAUCAGGUAUCGGAGUGGUCACUCGAGGCUCCAACCGGCGCGCGGACCGAACGCUUCAUCUUCACCGGCUCACGCUUGCUGUGGACUGUCUCUUGCUUCCGUGGGUGCUCUCGUGAAUCGAACAGCAGGAGUCAUGCCGUACAUGCUGGAGAACGACGUAUUCGGAGAAGAGAAGAACUGGGCCCAGGUGACGCCGGAACAGAUUCGCGAGCUGCGUCAGCACUUUCUCGACACCUGGAACGAGGAAGAUGAUGUGUACUACGACGAAGACGUGAAGAAGAUAAAGGAAAGCGAUGAUUUCUGUCGGAAGAUAAUCGCCCACGUGCGGCUCGACAUGGACUUGGCCCACAAGGUCGCUGCGUACCAUCUCCGCUGGAGACGUUAUGUCAAGAUUCAAGAUAUCAAGGAAGAGUCCAUACCAAAGGAGUAUUUUGAGCAGAACGCAAUCUACCCUUACGGCAAAGACAAGCUCGGAUGUCACGUGUUGGUGCUGCGAUGCAAGAACUACACGAAGGGCCAAGCUGACGUGCUUGAGGUGAAGCGGGUGUUCCUGUUUUUCCUGGAAAAGCUGUACAACGAAUACGGAGCCAAGAAGGUCACCAUGGUGUUCGACUGCAGUGGAGCGGGCCUCAGCAACAUGGAUAUCGACUUCACCAAAUUUAUCUUCAACGUGUUUCUCAAGAGGUACCCGCUGGGACUUGGCUACGUCCUCGUCUACGACAUGCCCUGGUUGUUUAAUGCCGCCUGGAAGAUCAUCAAGGGCUGGAUGAUGCCCGAGGCCGCAGCGCGAGUCAAGAUGGUCGGCAAGGAGGAGAUCAAAGAGUACAUUGACCCCAAGGAGCUCCCAGUACACAUGGGCGGAACGGACACCUACGAGUACAGCUACGUGCCCGGAAAGCCGCUCGGGGAGCGAGUCUCUUCUUGAAGGAUGCCCCGACGACAUUUUACCUGUCCCACCGGAGACUCCUGAUGGCGGGAGUUUGCCGGAGGCCGUACACGAGAUGAAGACGGCGGCCACUGAGAGCUUGUUUUCGAGCUGCUACUCUCACGAGAUUCGAUUUCAAAGAACGCUUUCGCUAGUGCUCUGCUGAACAAAAAAGAAAGAUAAAAGGCGGCCCAUUUGUGUGAUGUAUUAUUGAAACUGCUCAAACGAAAACACACUGUACAGAAAGGUCGCCGCAGAAGGGAAGUGGAGAGCUGCUGAACACUAUAAGGAAAUGCUUUCUGUUUUUCUGUCUUGAAAUUAUAAAUUUAACAACCACACAUAUUCUGGCGUUUUAUUUCUGGGAAUCUUUCCGUGUAACGAAAUGUAGAAAACAUUCCCUCCUUAAGUGGUAGGGCAAUGCUCCCUUAGAAAAGAAAAUUAUACUAGGAUCGUGUGUACCUUUUACCGAAAUGAAGCAGCCGUCCUGUGAUCAUCUUCUCUUUCCAUAAAGGUUAUUUGCUCUGUACAGUCUUUCGUAUGAUCAAUUGCUGAAACUUUUCGCCGGUUCACUCUCAAGCAUUGAAUCUUAGAUGCUUUCUCUUUGUUUUUUUCCUGUGUAAAUGUUUACGUGGGCUUUGUGAAGCGCGAGACGAACGGAAAGUUCUCCUUUCGUUACCGACUUUUCUUACGUUUCGUGAAAUGUCGUGAAAUAUCAAAAUAUGUUACCACGGAGCACUACACGUGCAACGCUCAACGCUGUGAUAAAGAGUGUGGACUGCCAUCCGGACAAAAAGAAACAAGAAACACUACUUCUUGAUUCUUCCUUAUUUUUUUUUAUUUUUU